AUGUCGAUGACCAGAACUUUCUCCACCACUGCUUUCAACGCGUUCAAGAAGGAAUCCGUGGCCCAGUUCAACAACUUGGUCAAGCCACAGCCUGCUGCUAAGAAAUGGCAGCCCACGGCCGGCAACUCGUUCCGCUCGUUCGCCGAGUACAGAUUGCGUGCCGUGAACCAGUCUCCUUUGAAGUUGAGAAGCAUCGCCAAGAAGUCCAGCUAG